AUGGGUCUCACCUUCUCGAAGCUGUUCGAUCGCCUCUGGGGCAAGAAGGAGAUGCGCAUUCUGAUGGUCGGUCUCGAUGCGGCCGGAAAGACGACGAUUCUGUAUAAGCUCAAGUUGGGCGAGAUUGUCACCACCAUCCCAACUAUCGGCUUCAACGUUGAAACAGUAGAGUACAAAAACAUCCAAUUCACAGUGUGGGAUGUCGGCGGGCAAGACAAGAUCCGCCCGCUCUGGCGCCACUACUUCCAAAACACCCAGGGCAUCAUCUUCGUCGUCGACAGCAACGAUCGCGACCGUGUGGUCGAGGCCCGCGAGGAGCUGCAGCGGAUGCUGAAUGAGGACGAGCUGAGGGAUGCGCUGUUGCUGGUCUUCGCCAACAAGCAGGAUUUGCCCAAUGCCAUGAAUGCGGCGGAGAUUACGGAUAAGUUGGGCUUGCAUAGUUUGAGGCAGCGUGCUUGGUACAUCCAAUCGACCUGUGCCACCAGCGGUGAUGGUCUCUACGAGGGUCUGGAGUGGCUCAGCAACUCGCUCCGCAAGGCCGGCCACAACUAA